AUGGAAUUCCACAAAAAUUAUUCAAACUUGGUUGAGCAAUUACCGCCAUCAAUAAUACAAGAAUCUUGGAAACGUCUUACAAGACGAAAAAAUAAUCCUUUAACAGAGGUUGAGGUAGGUAAUAUAAACUCAGAAAUUGAAAAUUUUCUAAAACAUGAGGUUGAAAAAUAUAAGAAGAAAAAAGAAAGACAACGUCGAAGUAUAAAAUACUCAUCAGAGCAGGCUCCGCCAAAAUUAUCCAAUACUGUAACAUUAAUAGAUAAGCAGGAUGCACAAAAAUCGGAAUCUUCUUUACUUUGUACUGGUAAUAAUGUAGCUUCUUCAGCAGAUAUAAAGAUAUUUAAUCAGAAAUUAACUAAUAGGCUAAAGCAAGAAAAUUUGAUAUAUCUUGAAGCUGAACGUCAAAAAUUAACCAAUGAAAAAGAUACUGAGAUUAGUAAUGUAAAAAACGAAUACGAUAAACUUAUUGAUGAGAAUAAUAAAAAUAUAUAUAUUUUGAAACAAGAAAUAGAAGAUCAAUAUGAAUCCAAAGUUUCUGCGAUGGAGACACAAAAUACCAAGAAUUAUAGUAAAACAUUAGAAGAAAAGGAUAAAAAAAUCGCCAAAUUAUCAGAUGAUAAUAAAAGAUAUAAAAAUUAUAUAGUAGCAUUAAAGGAAAGCAACAAAUCAUCUUUGGAAAAAAUUAAUAAGUUAGGAAAUAAAUGUCAGCAAUUAGAAGAUAUUAUAGAUGCUAAGGACCAAAAAAUAAUCAAUCUCAAUGACCACAUUAUAUCUUUCAAUCAACAUGGCGGUAGGGAUGGAACAAUUGAGCCAGAAAGUUAUUUUUCCUAUGCUGAAAAAGGUUUAUGGUACAAUUAUGCUAAUGAUAAUCGAAUAGGAACUGUAAGAACGUUAGCCAUGCUAGCUCUGCUAUUAUUUUUUGUUGAAACACUGUUAUUUGCUGUUAAAACAUUUUCAUUAACUGUAGAAACACUGUUAUUUUCAGCAGAGCUGGCAAGGCCAUUUUUUCUAUGCUUACAGUUUUUUAAAUGCGGUUUUAAUCUACAAGGAUAUUUGAAAGACUGA